AUAAAUUGUAACCUCUUUCAAAAAUUAUACAUUUUUAACUAAGAAAAGGAGAUUUGUUAUUAAUAUCACUUCAUUAAGUACGCUUCAGCACGAAAAUGGAUAAGAAAACUUAUAGAAAAUAUAAAAAAAGGAUCGCUCAAGCUGUAGCUAAAGUUGAUAAUAAGGCACCAAAAUUUGAAAUACCCAUUUAUUACAAAAUGUGUGAUAUAAUAAAUGAUAUAACUCGAAUACGACAAUUAGACAGAGAAAACAUGGAAUUAAUAAGGCGGAUGAAUAUAAUUACCCGAUUAGGAGGAAAUAUUGAUUGUUGGUUACCAAAAAUAAAAUACACAUCAAGACUUGAAAAUCAGAAAAUAAAAAAUGGAAUGAUUAUGAAACAAAAUAUACAAUUAUUACAAAAAAUUCGUAGUGCAGAUAGUAAUUAUUCUGCUGCAGAGUUUGUUCAAAAUUGGAAAAAAAUGAAAAAGAAAACACAGCAUAGAAAAAGAAACACACCGUUUCAUCGAAUUGUUUCCGGUUAUUGGUGUCAAGGUGGAGAUGUUACAAAAUUCAACGGAAGCGGAGGAAUUUCCAUAUAUGGCGAAUCAUUUGAGAAUGAGAAUUAUAAUUUACGUCAUGCCGGUCCCGGAAUUUUAUCCAUGUGUAACGAAAAUGAAAAUACAAGCAAUUCCAAAUUUAAUCUUACUUUUAGACGAUUGGAAACAGUAGAUAAGAAAAAUGUAGUUUUUGGAAAAGUAAUUUCAGGUCUUUCAAAUAUUUAUAAGAUCGAAGAAUUUGGUACAAAAACAGGUAAACCAUUUAAAACUAUAAUUAUAUCAAAUUGUGGUAUUAUAUCAAGACAUGUAGAAAGAAUUCAGAAAAAACUGAGCAAGAUAUAA